AUGUCUUCAAGCGCUUCAAUCAACUCAGUUGAUUCUCUCGAGGAACUCUAUGGCACCAACACAGCUACCGUCUCGCAUGUUGUUGAAACGCCCAUGGAAGAGGUCCGACGCUUCUUCCUGGGCAAAAGCCAUACCCAGAUAUUGCAGUAUGGCCUUGGUAUGGAGAUACCCGGCGCACCACCACUAGCGGCGCAUACCAUCGUUGUCACCAUGGAUUGCGAAAUGCACGAGAUAGAGCCACGAGUGCUGACAGAAUAUGGGCUCAAUACGUUUUCGCGGAAAGAGAUGGCGCCAGUUCUCAGGAGUCCCGGUAUACAUGGGGAGAUGAUCUUGCGGAAUAUCUACUACUAUCACAUUCGUGUACGCGAGAACGCACACCUUAUCAACUGGAGGUUCGUCCGAGGAAACCCCGAAAGAAAUCACUUCGGCUCAACGCGCUUUGCCACGAAGGAAGACGCAAAAGAGUUCCUGAUCGAAACACUCGCGUGGCCUGUCGAUGAUGACAACGAGGAUGGUCCUAAAUGCCCAGUCAUAUUUCUCGGCCACUCAGUCCAGAACGACCUUCGGAUGCUGCAAGAAGAGCUUGGUAUCGACCCCAAAUUCGACAGCAACGUCGUCGCCAUCAUCGAUACCCAGAAGAUCGCGAACGAGCAGGGUAUUCGUGGAAAGGGUCAGGAAAAGGGCCAGCAAAUCGCAUUAAAAACUUUGAUCCCACACUUUGGCGUGGAGUUUCGCGAUGGUCACACGGCUAGUAACGAUGCGGCAUAUACCAUCAUCAGUGCCGUACAGAUGGUCUUGAAGAAUUCGCUGCCGACCGACCCAACCCGCUCGCUGCAGGACGUUGUGGACGGUGUCGCGAAGGAUAGUAAGGGGACUGUUGUGGCAUUUGGGGUGCCUAGAUGGUGCACUGAAUGUAAGGUUGCCAGCCAUCUUGUUCAGCCAGGAUGCGGGGAAAAGUUCAUUAAGAUAGAAAGAGGGAUGAGGAGUAAGUCUUCUAAGCGGUCGUGA